GGUGGAAGUGAAUAGUAGUCUGUUUCUGGUGUCAGUAAGUUUUGGUAACCAUAGUCUGCACCAUCUCCUGCCUACAGUGGAUCACUCUAAGUUGCCUCACCUCUACCCAGCCUUCCUGGAAACUUGUAAAGAAUUCAACAUACCCUUUAAGUUUGUGCAACAAUGGUACUUAAUAUUAGUUAUCCAUUGUGAGACUUUGAACAGCCAAGAAAUUGGAAUGACCACUUACUAUGAUUUGGGACCCAUAACCAGCAGAAAUUGAAGUUUUACAGUAAAUUUUAUUUAAAUGAAGGAAUUGAAAAACAGAAAAUGUUAAACAUUAAAAAUUUUCUGACUUAAUGGUUUUCAGUCAUUUUGUUACAUCUUGUAACAUGGUGGCAGCUGCUGCUACCUCACUAGACUGUACACAUGUGUCCUGAUUUCUACAUAUUUAAUGUACUGUACUGUAUAUUCUCGGUUUAGAAUUUCCAAAAUUUUGGAAUCUUUCUCAUUUCUGGUUCUGAACUUGUCAGAUAAUUGAUAUACAACCUGCAUAUGUACGUACAGUACGUAUUUGUAUUAUCACCGGAGUCUAUGCAAGUUUUUGGUGUUCACAAAUUCCUCAUCAGUACAUCUGAGUUGUAUAUAUUUAUGCAAUGUAAAUGUACAGAACAGUAUUCAUCCUCUCACCAUGAAAUCUUCCUCUUUGUAUUAUUCUUAUUAUAGAAUAAUUAAUUCUAUCCAUAUCUAUUGGACUUGUUUGCUGCUAGUUGUACUGUACAGUUCCUAUGUUGAUGCCAAAGGAAUCUGCUAUUCAGUUAAUUUUGUUUCAUGUUCCUAAAGUUUCUAAAAAAAAAAAAAUCUUUAACACAGGAUUAUUACUUUAAAAUUGUUUACAUUACAUAAUUUCCAAA